AUGGUGUUCGCUUCAUCAAGCCUGGAACAAGAAGCACAUGAAAUUACCUCUUUCUAUGGUGUGAAAAAAGAUCACUGGAACUGUAUUUCGCUGUUUGAAGGUCAAGCCAUCUGCUUGAACUUGACCUUUAAUUGCGGCAUUGCCUUACCUCAUGUCGCACGUUGUGUAACUCUUGGAGACGAUCAGGUUUUCUCCCCCACUUAUUAA